AUGGACGCACUGGCUGAGGACUGCCAGCGGGAAGUGGAAGCAGCGACGGACCGAGUGAAGAGAGAUCUUGCAGCGAGCGUGUUGGAAUGCAACGCCAUUUUGGAGCCUUUGGAGCCGCCGGCGCUGCCGCCAAAAGCGGAAGGUGAAGCGGAAGAAGAGGAGGAUGAAGCCAAGUUGCUCGAUGAGCUCGAAGACUUGCCCAUGGACGGCACGAUAGAUCCAGCCAAAGCUAAGGCGGUGGCAGCGGAGAAUGCUGCACGGAAGGCGCUGCGCGUGCUCGGAGAACGAACCGAGGGUGAGGUGCGUGGCAUUCUCGCGGCCCUGGAGGCUGCCACACAGUUGCGACGGCAGCGCAUCCAAGCCUUCUCCGGCCCCAGCGGCGAGCUGGCGCGUAUCGAUGACUUGCGGAAAUCCAGCGCAGAGGAGCUAUUGAAAAAGUUAGUGGAGGCUUUGACGGCUGCUGCACAUGUUGUCCAUGGCGAAGCUGAACGAUUGGUGGAAGAGCGUGCGCUAUCUUUCAAUGAAAUCUUGCUGGAGAAUCGGAAAUCGAUGCAGCAGCUUAGUGCGAAACUUACUGUUCAAACCCUCGAAAACAGCAAGGAGUACAAGGUGCGAUGGCAUAAGGGCCUCCUUCUGUGGAAGCAGCAGCGGCAUCGGCAUAGCAUGGCGGUUGUCAUGCGCCGUAUCAAAAGUAAUGAGUUCCGGCAGCCUGAGUCGCUGGUCGAGGCUGUUGGCAAAGUUCGCGAGCACCAGUCGUAUGUGUUUAGACAGCGCAAAGAUCUCAUUGACGAGCUGUUUGCCAUUCCACAGCAUCGGCUGAUUGUGGCUGCAGUGCGUCACAUCGAGGAGCAAAACACACAGCUGAAUGAUCGAGCUCAAGAGACUUUCGACACGCUGUUGGUGGAGCUGCGGGAGCUUCGAGAAGCCCUGAACGUCUCAGCAGAGCAAAUGCUUGGGGAGCUGGGCCUCGAACUGGAGCUGCACGAUGCCCGACAGGAAUGGAGAGGCCAUGACUCGGUGGCAAACCUCAUAGAUGCAGAGGUGAGACCGCCUCUGCGCGAAUGCCUCGAUCAGGUUGCAUCGCUGCUGCAUGCACUGUCCAAUAAGCUGACGCAGCAAGAGGAGGCAUUACAUCAUUCUGUCACUUCGGUGAUCACCUUCUUCCUUGGACUGGCUCGGAAACAAGAGCUUCUAAAAAAGAGAGUCGAAGAGUUCGAGGUGAACUACAACGGUGAAGUUGAAGACUGUGAGAAGGAUUUUGAGGAGACUUGCGAAAGAAAUGAGAACAAGAUGCAGGACCUGCAUGCAGCGAUUGAUGACGCCGCCCAUCACGAAACGUUGGACGAGCUAAAGCAGAAGACAUUCGACCACCUGGAUCAGAUGGCGGUCGGUUACCGCGACCACGCAGACCAGAUGCUGCAAAUCCACAACCGAUACCCAGGUGAAGCCCAAGACUUGAUUCGGCGAGAAACUCGUGGGUACUGCAAGGACCUUGGCCUGGCUUUGGAUCCAGCCGAAGAAGCACCAGCACUUGCUGCUGAGAGGAAAGCGGCCGCGGCCGCAUUGGAAGAGGAGGCCAUAGCAAAAGCCAAGGACGCCCAUCCCGCUGCAGCUGACGAAGACGAAGCGGCAAGAAGUGGACGACUGGAGCUUUUGGCAGCUGCCGUGGAAGCAGCAAAGGCAGAAGUGCAGCAGGCUGCUGAGGCAAAGGAAGCAGCGGCUCUGGAAGCGGAAGCGCAGCUUUUUGCUGGCCUUGAAGAGAAGAGCGAGUGGACACCGGGUGAAGGCACAGGUUGCAGAGUGCUUGAGAAUCUUGGCCUCGAGGAUUUGCGAGGUCAGAUCUUGCAGCCUCCGGAGCCAGAGCCGACGGAACCUGAUGCUGGCGCAGCUGGCGGAGCUUCAGGAGAGCCUGUAGAAGGCGAGUCCAUGGACACAGAGCCGAAGUUUGCAGAUGGCACGGAUGCGCUGGACACGCUGGCCUUUGACAACAGUUGGUUCGAAGAAAAUCUAUCAUCCCUGCGAAGCGCAAUUUUCGAAAAUCUGGCGGGCCAGAAGCGUUACCUGGAUCGCGUCGACAUUCCGGCAGCUUGUGAAGAGGUUCGACGCGAUCUUGACCAGAGGCUGCGCCGGCACACCAACCGUAAAGGAGAAGUGCAGGUUGAAUGGUACGUGCCACGAUACAGCACUGUGUCCAAACACAAGGACAAGUUUGAGAGACAUCUGGUGCAGGUGGCGCAGAAAUGCCAGGAUCAAGACGACGCUGUGGAAGCAACUUUCGAGGAGAUCGACGUUGCAGAAGAACAGUUCAAGCAGCGGGUCGCCCACAUACAGGAGAAUUUGGGGGAUGCAGAGACUUUACCAGUACUUACUUCGAUGGAGCGACAGGCUGGGGACUGCAUGUCGAGCUUCAAGGAGCUGUGCCGGUCCGCUGUGCGGAAGUUGCUGGAGCUGAGCUCCAAGGCACCGCAGGGACUGCAGAAGGAAAACCAGGCCUUCCUGAUGAUGUGCAAGAAAGGAGAAGAGCAGUACAGCGAGCCAGAGAUCAUGUAUUACGGAGGGGAGGCUCCCAUGGAUGCCUUUGCUGCGGCCUAUGCCACUGCAGUUGAGACCCUUUGUGCAAGUAAAGGCUUUGGUCGCAAGUAUGGGGAGCCCCGGCGUAGAGCACAAGAGCGCGUGCGAGUCUGUGCCAUGGCAGAGCUUGGCAGCCACCUGGGUGCCUUCCGCGCCUCAAAGUACGAGCUGGCAGCAUGGUUCCCAGCAUCUAACCGGGAACGGAGCGAGGCAUCCCCCGAGCAGAGAAGAGAAGCCGACCGAGCGCUGCAGCUCUCGCAGUCCUUGGAGGAGUCUUGCUUUCUGCAAUCGAAUGCCACCGAUAUCUUGCAGAUUCUUGCAGUGUGUGAGGCCUCGCAGGCGCUGAGGGACGACUCGCUGCUUCGAGUGCUCGGGCCGCUCUUGAAGAGCGAGAGGUUUAACAACGAAAUCCAAUCCGUGAUCAAAGCAUCCAACGAAGCGUAUGCGGGCCAGGCUGGUGGUACUCCGGACUUCAUGCAGAAGUUUCUCUCUGACAUGCAGGUGUCAUGUGAGCACGCAAGGCAGGAGGCCUCCCGCAGUCUCCGAACCUGGGGUGAUGAACUUCGAGAAGAGACUCUUUUGUGCCUUGGGGACAAGCUCUUCUCGGAGCUCACGCAGCGGGCGCUGUCUGAGCUCGCAAAGACGACACGUGACGCCCACGAGCGGACAGUUCAAACUUGGAAAGACUUCGGCAAGAAAAGGGCAAAUCACGAGCAGCGCCUGAACCCACGGCUCGCUGACGCCAACAAGGAAGUCGAACUUCAGGAGUUGGUCGAAGCUGAAGCGAAGCGUCAUGCAGAUGCUCUGACAACCUGCAAGGAGGACCGGGAAAGGAUGGCAACUGCAUUGCGUGAUGCCUGUGCCAGCUUUGUGGGCCGUCUGACCAAUCUUGCAGAAGUCGCCAUGCGUCUUGUCGAUCUACUGCCGCUUCACAGCCAUUUUGGAGCCUUGCCGGGAGACGAGAAGGUGGAGCCUCCGCGGAUGUCCAUCAAACGCCGGCUCCGGCGUCUAAACGCAGAAGAAGAGAAGCCGCCAGAACCAGUUCCGAAGGCAGCCGCCAAAGGUAAGGCAGAGCCAAAGGCGGCUGCAGCCCCAGAGGAACCCAAACCUGGCCUCCCAGAGCGUCAAUGGCAGGGACUUCCAAAAAACGAGCUGCGCGCUUUGUUGUGCAGUGGCGGCUGGCCAACAGAUCCAGUGCUCACAGAUGAAGACGAGAAUCUCGACGAGCAGAAGGUUCAAGAGCUUACUGAGCCCAUGAAAUCCUUCCGCUCGCCAGUGCAUCGCAGCAUCAUCAAUGGCCGGCUUCAGUACUACGAGCACUACAAGAAGCAGUUUGCAGCAGAGGUCUUUCGCUGGAAUGCGGAGAUGUCAGCCAGAGAGGCCAAGGAACAGGCUGGCGAAAAGAAUUGGCAAUCCAUGAUUCGGCAGCUACGAGGUGAAUGA